ACCUAACUAAAAACUUAAUUAAGAAAAAUUAUAAAUCUAAAAUGAAAUGUACCGGUGGAUACAUUUUCUGACCGAGAGGAAUAUAAAAUUGGCUUUCUCGCGCAGGUAGACGAAGAACCGUCCGCCCAAAUACUCUCUCCUCCAUGCCAAUGGAAGCUCUUCGUUUUGCCCAUACUCAAUCGCCCCAUUUCCAUUGCAGAAUCUUUACCCCGCCGACAUUCAAUUACACCGUCAAGUCCUCCGCCGCCGACGUCAGGAGAACAGCUCCCCGAGCUUCUUCAAUCUCCGCCGCGGUCUCGAGAGCGGCGGCGGCGGCGGAGAAGAAGCCGCGGCCCGCGGCUUCUCCGGAACUGCCGUUAGUUUCUCCGAGCUCCCUCACUUCUGAGCCGGGAUGCGUUCUGCCGAAACUGCCUUCGCACGGCGAGAAUGGCUCCCUUGGCCCCAGCGGCAUUGAGUAUUUGACCGGAAUUUUGUCUUCUAAGGUUUACGAUGUGGCGUUUGAGUCGCCGCUGCAGUUGGCCACGAAUCUCUCCCGGAAGCUGGGGAACAACAUCUGGAUCAAACGGGAGGAUCUUCAACCUCAAUGGAAAUCAGUAGAAAGACUAGGGGCAACCGUGGUCCGGGUUGGGGACACAUAUGAUGAAGCACAAGCAUGUGCCCAAAAGAGGGCCCAAGAAGAAGGACUUACAUUUGUGCCUCCAUUUGAUCACCCCCAUGUAAUCAUGGGACAGGGCACAGUUGGGAAGGAAAUCAUGAGCCAAGCAAAAUGCUGCAUAGAUGCAAUAUUUGUGCCGGUUGGUGGGGGUGGGCUCAUUGCAGGCAUCGCUGCCUAUGUUAAGAUGGUGGAUCCGGACGUGAAGAUAAUUGGAGUUGAGCCGAAUAACGCGAAUGCCAUGGCUUUAUCUCUGCACCAUGGUCGUAGAAUAAUGCUGGACCAAGUCGGGGGAUUCGCAGAUGGCGUGGCUGUUAAAGUGGUCGGGGAAGAAACGUUCCGUUUGUGCAGGGAUUUAAUAGACGGGGUUGUCUUUGUUAGCCGGGACGCCAUUUGUGCCUCAAUAAGGGACAUGUUUGAGGAGAGGAGGAGCAUUCUAGAGCCAGCAGGGGCACUCGCUCUAGCAGGUGCAGAAGCCUACUGCAAACAUUACAACCAAAAAGAUCAAAACAUAGUUGUUAUUGCCAGCGGGGCCAACAUGAACUUUGAUAGACUAGGACAGGUAACUGACCUAAGCUAGCAGAUAUUGGUGGUAGACAAUGUGAGGGAGGCUGUCCUUGCUACCAAUCUCCCAGGAAAACCUGGCAGUUUAAAGAAAAUUUGUUCAACUUG